UCUCUCUCUCUCUGUGGUGGUUUGAGUCAUGGGUUUGGCCAAGAAGAAAGUAGUGGUUAUGUUGAUGAUGAUGAUAAUGAUGAUCAAGGAUGUUUGUGGUGGUGGUGUUUUGUAUAAGGUUGGGGACUCUUCUGGUUGGACCAACAAUGUCUUCUUCUAAGAACUUCCUUGUUGGCGACACCAUCGAAAAGACAAUGGGAGAGAAGUGGUGGUGGUUCAAUGCCCCAGGAUGGAUGCUUGUGGCCAGGAUUGGACAAAGUAUGAUAACUGAUGUUGAGCAGAGGAGUCUUAUAACACCAGGGAAGAGCAUUCUGGUGGAGCCAACUAAUGGAAACACUGGCAUUGGACUUGCAUUUAUAGCUGCUUCAAAAGGAUAUAAGCUCAUAUUGACAAUGCCAGCCUCAAUGAGUCUAGAAAGAAGGGUUCUUUUUAAAGCUUUUGGAGCUGAGCUUGUUUUGACUGAUUCUGCUAAGGGGAUGAACGGAGCAGUUCAGAAAGCUGAAGAAAUUUUGAAUAGCACGCCAAAUGCCUACAUGCUUCAACAAUUUGACAAUCCUGCAAAUCCAAAGUUUUUCGGUGGGACAAAUUUUGGCCGUACUGCAGGGGGCCCAAACUAUAUUACUAGUUGCGAUUAUGAUGCUCCAGUUGAUGAAUAUGGAUUACUAAGACAGCCAAAAUGGGGGCACUUAAAGGAUAUGCAUGAUGCUAUAAAGCUUUGUGAACCUGCUCUUGUUGCUGUUGAUUCACCUCAGUAUAUGAAAUUGGGACCAAAGCAGGAGGUUUGUUUUAACUGCAUGAUCUACUUAACUAUUAAUGGCAAAGUUAUCUUAGCUUCGUUAUUUUCGUUAGCUAGAAGUAUCAAAAGAUAUAUUGCAAUUUCUAUGAUGUCAAGUUGUAGCCUCUGAUGUUUUUCCUACUAGCAUACUGUAGAGUUCAGCAUCAAGCAAGACCCAAUUUUUGAAGUUCUAGGAUUGGAAUUUUCAUUGUUGACUGUGUUUUUCACCU